UACCCAAAUACAAAUCAACAGAGUGGAACAUCCUUCAAUUCAAUUUCCUCUUCUUUUCUUGAUUUCUUCUUGUAGAUCUCUGUGUUUUCAUUAUCAUCUCGUUUUCUGUUUUCUCUUCUUUUUCUUCUAUGUGAUUUGAGAGGAAAAAUAAAGGUUUCGAGAUCGAGAGCGAAAGGGAUUGAUCAAAGAAUAGUUGUUGGUAGUGAUGCUGAUAGGAGUGGUGGAUUCAGAUUCAACAGAAAAGACAUACAUGUUUAAGUACGACAAUGUCCACGGUCAAUGGAAGCACCAUGAACUCAAGGUUAAGGACACUAAGACUCUCCUCUUCGGUGAGAAGGAAGUUGCAGUCUUUAGUUGCACAAACCCUGAGGAGAUCCCAUGGGAUGAUACUGGAGCUGAAUACAUUGUUGAGUCAACUGGAAUGUUCACUAAGAAGGACAAAGAUGCUGCUCAUUUGAAGGGUGGAGCCAAGAAGGUUAUCAUUUCUUCUCCCAGGUGCAGUAGAAAUGCGCUGGGUUGA